AUGUCGAUGCCACAUAGCAGUUCAAGUACAACAAGCUCAAGUACAAAGCGAAAGGAAAUCUACAAAUAUCAGGCACCAUGGCCACUUUACUCGAUGAACUGGUCAGUUCGUCCAGAUAAACGAUUUAGAUUGGCUCUUGGAAGCUUUGUCGAAGAGUACAAUAAUAAGGUACAAAUAAUAUCGCUUGAUGAAGAGACAAGUGAAUUCAGUGCUAAAAGCACUUUUGACCACCCCUACCCAACUACCAAGAUCAUGUGGAUACCAGACAGUAAGGGUGUAUACCCUGACUUGCUUGCUACAAGUGGUGACUACCUUAGAAUCUGGCGUGCUGGUGAACCCUACACACUUUUUGAAUGUGUCCUAAACAACAACAAGAAUUCAGACUUUUGUGCUCCCCUUACUUCUUUUGAUUGGAACGAAGUAGACCCUAACCUGAUUGGAACAAGUAGUAUUGACACAACUUGUACUAUUUGGGGCCUGGAAACAGGUCAAGUCCUGGGAAGAGUUAACGAGGUGUCAGGACAUGUCAAGACACAGCUUAUUGCUCAUGAUAAGGAAGUAUAUGACAUAGCAUUUAGUCGUGCUGGUGGUGGCCGAGAUAUGUUUGCAUCUGUAGGGGCUGAUGGCUCUGUGAGAAUGUUUGACCUGCGGCAUUUGGAGCACUCAACUAUUAUAUAUGAGGAUCCCCAACACACUCCACUGCUACGAUUGGCAUGGAACAAGCAAGACCCUAACUACUUAGCAACUAUUGCUAUGGACGCAUGUGAGGUCAUUAUUUUGGAUGUACGGGUCCCUUGUACCCCCGUCGCCAGAUUGAACAACCAUAGAGCCUGUGUCAAUGGAAUUGCUUGGGCACCCCACAGCUCCUGUCACAUCUGCACAGCCGGUGAUGACCACCAAGCAUUGAUCUGGGAUAUUCAGCAAAUGCCAAGAGCUAUAGAGGACCCUAUAUUGGCCUACACCGCUGCUGAAGGAGAAGUAAACCAAAUACAAUGGGGCGCAACACAACCUGAUUGGAUAGCCAUUUGCUACAACCGACAUACUGAAAUACUCAGGGUAUAA